AUGACGGUUUGGAACGAGUACGACAAUGUUACUGAGCGAAAUAUCACCUAUCGAGACCGAAGAAACGAAAUGCUUCUUGGACGUGAACAACCAAACUUCAUGUGCGCUNUCUUAUCGAUGAGCUCAAGAUUCGGUGAUGAUUUUGAUUUGGGCGAAUCGUGUAUGAUAAUCCCAUCUUUAUGCGAUGUGCUAGUCACAAUAGCCGUACUCUUGCAUUUGCAUCAUACGUUAUCCGCUAGUUGCAAGUGUGCAACCAAUGCAUAUCUUUAUAUGGCUUGCCUCAACUGGCUUACGAUUGCACUCUCUCUUUAUGUGAUUCGUGAAAGGUGGAAUCGGCAAACUCUGCAUUAUGGAAUGCAUUUUGGUGCACCGUUUCCAAAUAUAUGGAGCUUUUGUCAGAUUAUUGCUUGCUUUCAUACAUUUACGAAUAUCAGUCAACUGUUAUCCGAUUUUUGCUUUCCGAAGAUCAGUAUUCGACUUGAUAAACAACUUGACAAAAUGACGGCUAAAAUGACCGAGAACAUGUUCGAUGUUGACGGACCUGCUUAUCCUUUGAAUGAUGACUGGAUGAUUCGACCUUUCAAUAAUCGAAGUCUUUGGGGCUAA